CAAAUGGAACGGACUGGCUAACCUUGGCAGCAUUCUUGGCUUAUCUGCAUCCUUUUUUCACAAGACAGUUCACAAGACAGCGAGAAUUCGAGAAUUACGACGUUGUUGCUACAUGCUUUCGCGACUGGACCGCUAGAACGAAAAUAGGGCAGUGCAGUGGAUACGGAAACAGGUCAAGUUCGUGGAUGGAUAAAUGAGAAUGCGUAAAUUUAAGUGGUAGUAAUUAAUAGCCACGGCCGCCGUCUCCAGAUAUUUUUACGCUCUCACUAAACGGAAGGCCGUCCAGAUAAUGAAGCCAUUUGCAGGGCGAACUAGAAGGUGGCUGGGUCCGUAAGUAUCGGAAGAAGCUCAAGGUGCGCUGGCAACAUAUUUGUAUAACAUAUGUUCUGUUUAGCAUACUUGGAGCGCCACGACGAGAAUAUGGUAGGACGACAGGAAGACUCGUUUCUCUGGAUUUCGUGCCUCGUGCCAUAUGGAUUUAUCUCACGGAAAAGGGACAGAUCUUGCUUCCCCGCAUCCUAGCUUCGUCCGUUACGUCGCAGCGCGUCAUUUCAUCCAGGUCAUUGCUCAACUUUGUUCCUAUGCUGAUACACGCCGACAGUAUGCAGUUCUCGUACCUCUAUAUUCUUGGGAUUUUACGUCCGAAUGCUUUCUAUCUGUAUGUUACUCAAGCAUACUUAUCCGAGCACAGAUCGGCAUUCGACCUCUGUGAUUUUCAAUUGCCACUAUCACUAAUUAACGGUAUUUU